AAUUUAGGGCCGCGUAUUUUAAGUUUGUAAAUACGAAGGGAAGAUCCAAAGGGUUGUCAGGUAUUGAAAUGUGACAAUCGCUGCCUAAUAGUAAUUAGACUUUAAUUACAGAUCCAAGGGAAAAUUAUUGUUGCGUCUUAAUAAUCGGCGUUUGAUAUGUGUUGGAUGACAAUAAUUACUUUUUGGAGCGGGCGGUGGGCUUCUUUGAGCAUGAAGAUUAAGUUUUCCGUAGAUAUAUCGACGCGAUAUGUGCGUGGGGGUGGUUGUUUUAUAAAGCGCGAAUCUUCUUCACCUGGCACAUUGCUCAUACAGAUCUUGAAGGUGUUACAUCACCACUAAGUAUUUUAAUCUUUAUUCUAAUUGCUGAUUAAUCAGUAUUUUCAUAAUUUAUUAAUUUUAAAUAAUUAUUUUACUAUACAAAGAUGCUCUAUCUAUCUUGGACACCAGUUAUUUUAUCGGUUGUAAUCAUUACUGCAACUUGUCAGACUUUUCAGUACAGCCGCGGCUGGACUAACGGCAAGCGCGAUAUCGCUCCGAUUGGCUUCAAUAUUCAGGAUUUUAAGCCUGAUAAUUUUGAGACUAACAGUAUUAUUAGUAAUGAUAAUUUGCAUAAUAAUGACGGAACAGUUCAGUGCAAUUUGAGGAAAAUAAAAGUCAUUUUACAAGGAGAUCGACGGGAACAGAUUUACUUGUGCAGACUGCUGGAAAUUCUCUCAAAAAUAAACAAAGAAGAUAAAUUACCCAUCCAUUAUCGACAUCCUAUUUUUGAAGCCAACGAUAUUAAUAAUUAUGAUUAUGAAUCUAGCAGACAUGUUGAUUUUUAUAAUAAUAAUAAUAAUAAUAAUAAUAAUAAUAAUAAUAAUAAUAAUAAUAAUAAUACAUAA